AUGUCAGAAGACGUCCUCUGCCUCAAAUACAGUCCUAACGAUAAGUUCCUUGCUCUAUCAUUACUGGAUUCAACUGUGAAGCUGUUCUUUGCUGAUUCACUAAAAUUUUAUCUCUCCUUAUAUGGUCAUAAACUACCCGUACUUGGAAUGGACAUAUCAAGUGACAGUAGUCUACUGGUGACUGGUUCUGCUGAUAAGAAUAUUCGUAUUUGGGGAACUGAUUUUGGUGAUUGUCACAAGUCAAUAUUUGGACACACUGACAGUAUCAUGGACGUGAAGUUUGUCCCUGGUACUCACUUGUGUUUCUCCAUCAGUAAGGACAGGACACUGAAACAAUGGGACUGUGAUAACUUUGAACUGAUACAGACACUUAAAGGCCAUCAGUCUGAGAUAUGGUCACUAGUUGUAUCUAAUGAUGGAAACACUGCAGUGACUGGGUCUCAUGACCUCUCAAUUAGGACGUGGUGCUGCACUCAAGAGCCACUGGUACUGUCAGAAGAAAAGGAAAAUGAUUUUGUUCUCAAUAAUACCAAAGCUGAUAAUUCAUAUCCAUUAUUACCAGUUGAUGUUACUGAAGGAAGACCAGCAGUUCAUUUUUAUACGAGUACAUGUGGUCGACACAUGUCAGCUAGACUGAUGAGAGGGGACAGAAAUGUCACAGACAGGACUGUACAUUUCUUCAUAUUACUUGCAUUUCAUGAAGGAAAAUUUGAUAAAUUGAAACCAAAACUUAGAAAGGUGUUUACAGAUUUUACAAAUGAAGCUACUCCAUUAAUAGAAGACACUGAAGCUACUCAUCAACAGUUACCUACUGAUAUUCUUAAUGGGAUUGAGUUGAGAAGUGGUGAUGCUACUGUGCCAGAAGGAGUUAUUAAGAUAACAUUAGUCUUAUCAUGGUUUUCAGCCAUUUUACGCCAGGUCAAUGUAGUGGCACAGUUAUACAAUAGUGAUUGA